AUGUCUGCCCAUCUGCAAUGGAUGGUCGUGCGUAACUGCUCCAGCUUCUUGAUUAAAAGGAACAAGCAGACUUACAGCACCGAGCCCAAUAACCUCAAAGCCCGCAAUUCCUUCCGCUACAAUGGGCUGAUCCACCGCAAGACCGUGGGCGUGGAGUCGGCCCCCGACAACAAGGGGGUCGUGGUGGUGAUGAAGCGGAGGUCAGGCCAGAGGAAGCCGGCCACCUCCUACGUGCCGACCACCAUCCACAAGAACGCCCGGGCCACGCUCAGCAGCAUCCGCCACAUGAUCCGCAAAAACAAGGCCAGCGCCAUCCUACGCAGCCAGAAGAAGCCUGUGCUGGUGAAGAGGAAGCGAACCCGCCCCACCAACCUGAGCACCGGCCGCCCCAGCCCCCAGCAAUAA